CUGCCUCUAUAAAACCUGCCUGACUGCUGAUCUCAGCUAGUCUCACAGUCUCUCCUCUCUCUGCCUCUCUCUCCCUCUUUCUCUCUCUCUCUCUCUCUCUCUCUCUCUCUCUCUUCUCUAUCUCUUCCACCGCCUCCGCUGCAGGCUAGGAGCUAUCCAGUGCUGAACAAGUGAUUUUUUUUCUUUUUUUUUCCAAAGCGUAAGCAGGCGUGUGUGUGUACAGUAGCAAGCACAUACACACACACACACACGCAUUAUUGUAUCAUCAGACAUCUUUCUUGCCUCCUGCGUGCUCUUUAUUUCCUACAUUGACUCUUUUUUGUUUCCUGGACGUGGACCAUCUUUUUUUGUUGGAGUGGAGAGAAUUUUCAUUUGGGACAGCACCGAUAUUUUCCUAGGGAUUUUGUUCGUGUUGGCUUUCUGUCUGCGGCCGAUGUGAGGGAUUUCUGCUGCGUCUGCGUGUGCGAGCGACCGUGUGUGAAUCAUGCCGCGUUCGUUUCUGGUGAAGAAAAUCAAACUGGAUGAUUUCUCCUCAUCUUCUGUGACAGCAUCUAAUCACCAUCAUCAUGAUCAACUCGACGAUUCCUUUGCACGUUCCCGUUCCCGUUCCCGUCCCACGACGAGCCUGGGUGUCCGGCUCUGCCAAAAUGGCUACAUCCAGGAUUACAUCAUUUCUUCAGCAUACUCAGAGGAGAAGCAGGCCGACAUGAAGCUGGGCUCUGGGUUGUCAGAUCCACUGUACUCCCCCGUCAGCAGUGGUGGAGGGGAAUACUGCCAACCCGACCUGGAACAUCCGGACAGCCCUCAGUCCGGCCUCACGGCCCCCGGAUAUUUCAGCAGCGAGAGCGAGUCCCUCACUGAGGGUUACACCAUGGACGCGUUCUUCAUAUCCGAUGGGCGAUCGAGGCGGAAGGGAGAGGUCGUCGAAGCAAAGAAAGUUGCCCCAGAAGAUAAAGAAGUGGGCGGGGUCAGCAACGGAGGCCCCAGACACACCUGCAACGAGUGCGGAAAGACCUACGCCACCUCCUCGAACCUGAGCCGACACAAGCAGACCCACCGUAGCCUCGACAGCAAGAUGGCCCGCAAGUGUCCCACCUGCGACAAGGUCUACGUGUCCAUGCCAGCGCUGGCCAUGCAUAUUCUCACCCACAACCUCAAGCACAGAUGUCAUGUGUGCAGCAAAGCCUUCAGUCGGCCGUGGCUUCUCCAGGGGCACAUGCGAUCACAUACGGGUGAAAAACCGUUCGCCUGCGCCCACUGUGGUAAAGCCUUCGCAGACCGUUCCAAUCUACGGGCGCACAUGCAGACGCAUUCGGCCUUCAAGCACUACCGCUGCAAACGUUGCAAUAAAACCUUUGCGUUGAAGUCGUACCUGAACAAGCACUACGAGUCCGCCUGCUUCAGAGGCUCCGGAGACGAGGAUGAGUCUGGAUCUGAGAAUUAACAAAUGCAGAUGCAGCAUGAGAGAGAAGAAAGAUUAAAAAGAGUUAAAUGAGAAUACAAAUCCCUCUACCCUCCACUUACUCCUUCACAAGUUCCCCCACUCUCCCCUUUUUAGAAAGCAAUAUUUUCACCGAGAAAAAACAAUAAUAAGAAGACAUUAAUGAAUAGAUGCUGGAUUUUUUUCUUUGGUAAAGACUUCACUCAUACAGACACUUACAAUUAUGAGGCCUGGCAUGCAAAUUUUAUGAGCAUAAUGCUAUUAUUAACAAUAGUAAUAAUAUUUAGAUUCCUGAUGUUUUAUAGCAAAUACAAAAAAAGAGAAAAAAAACAUAAAAAAGGACAGCAACAAGUUUGUGCUUUUUGAGAAAUGAAAAUCAAUUUGUAUUUUUAUGCUGCUCUUUUAUUUUGAAUUCUUUUGCAACUGCCAACAUGAACUUUUUUAUGAAAAUGUGAAUAUUGACAGUAUUGGCAAAAAAAGAAAAGGAAAAAAGAUUGUAGACCUCUAAAAGGUGAAAACUUUUGUUACACUUUGGUAUUUUAUUUAUAAGUGUCAUUUUUAUAUUGAAAUUCCCACAAAUACUUGGUUCCAUUUUAAUUUAUUGAAUUAUUUAUUGUGCCAAUCAUUUCCUUUAACUAUUGGUGUAUGAUGGAGCAGAGUGACCGCAGAUCAAGUUUGCCACGGUUGGCAUGGAUACAUUGAGGAUACAGCAUCUCUCAUUACGACACGGACAACAGGGACUUUCAACAUCAUGAACGACUGAAGAACUUGAACACUCACUCUGGUGGUCUUCCUGCACAAACCACACUUAAACAGACUACAUGUGCUCCCAGUGACAGGAGCUCCUCCCCUUGUCUUCCUGCUCCAUGAUUACCUCACCCAGAGGCAGGUAUGACCCCUAACCUCUGCUCUGUCCAUGCUCUUAAAACACCCAUCAAACAAACCUCAUUUCUACCAUUCCAAUAUUGCUGUUGUUGAGUAUUUAUUUAUUUAUGCACUAUUUUCCCUUCCUUAUUUAUUAUUGUGUAUUUAUUUAUGUACUUAUUUAUUUAUUGUUUUGUUUUUUUAUUGUGGAUUCUGAACUGCCGUUGAACUUGAAGAUGCUGCUCUUUAAUGAAACUCUUUAUAUGCAUGAUUCAGCUGUAGAGGAAUUUUAGUCUUUUUGGUGAGGAACGGUAUGCAGUGUUUAAUAAAGAGGAAUUCAGGUGAUGAUGCUUUGAAUAAUGGGCAAUAAUUCUUCUUAGGUACAGCCACUUAUAUAAUCACAGCUGUCCUGUUAGCAGUCAUUUAUGGCAAUAAACGAAACCUCCUAAAUAUCUCAAAGGUAAUUUUCUCCAUUUCGUUGUUUCUGUUCCAUUUCCUGCUGAGGCUAGGACCCACCCAGAGUGUCUAUAAGUGCUUGUGUGACUCCACCCACAUGUCUGUGACAUUACAAUUCAUUUCUAAGGCCAAACACUUCAGUAUAUAUAUCUAAACACCAAGAAAAACAGGAAUGACAUACACAGCAAAAUAUAAUUAUACUGCUCCCCGUAGGAGCAAAUCCAACGUAUAAUACCUUCAUUUUGUACUUACAAAUUUAAAUGACACUUUAAUAAUGGAAUCAGCAGCAAUAAUUUUAACUAGACAUAUCCAAUAUUUUUUACAGGAGUAAUGCUACUGUCUUGCAAUAGCUUUUGAAUGUAAUUACAAAAGACCAACCCACAGCGUUACAUAUUCAUUGCUUUUAGCUCGCUAUCCAAAUAAAUCCCAUCAUAAGCGACAGCUGCCAGAUGAUGACAUGAAUAUGACAGUUUCAGUGACAUGUAAAAUAGGAGUCCCAAAUCGUAGACCCAGAAAUAAUGACCCCACAGCCCCGCCCCUCUCACCGACCAAUCAGAAUGCUGUAUUCAGCCAGACGGUGUUUGGGGUGAGGGGGUGAUGAGUUCAGGAUGGAGAUGAAACAAAAUAGAGGCUUAAUGGCAGAAUUGCUGGUAAUAACUGAGCAUAUGGCAUCGAUGUGCCGCUGCUGUAUAAUAAAGAUCAGAAGGUGUUUGGAGAUGAAAGGAUGAGAGGUACAAUUGUGUAAUCAGUCUCUCUUUUUACAUCCGUGGAACAGUUUACUUUAUAAUAAUGAUAUUUUAUUACCACCAUUAAGAAGGAAAAGAGUGUAAAGCAAUAAACCAUGACAAGCAGUGUGUUCAUUUUUUUACUGCAGCAAUAGCAAUAUGAUAAAAACACCAAAAAGUUCAGUAAACAAAUUAAUAAUACAUAAACAAUGAAUAUGUUUUAAUGAAUAAUUUUCAGAUUUUUUAAUUAUCCUAACUUAUGUCAUCUUGGCAGAGAUCACAGGUGUGCAGUUAUAGUCAUUUUACACCUUUGAAUGCAGCUCAUACAAUUAGAAUUUAGAGUCUACUGUUUGUUUUACCUUAAAAAUGUACUUCAGUGACAGAGAAGUUCAUUACUCUCCAUAUAUGAUUAGUACAUUCUCUCAUUGUAAGUUACUUUGGAUCCAAAAAUAUGAAUCAGCAUAUAUUUCACAUACAGGCACAUGUACUUAAACAUAUACAGAUGUAGCUCAUGUCAAAGUGAAUAGGCAGAUCCCUAAGGGGUUAACAGGUGUUGGUGGACAGACAGUAGUCAAGGAAUAUAAUUGAGUCUGCGUUUGACCUUGGGAGGUAGGUCGAGCAGCAGCAGCCAAAGGCUCUGUCAGCUUUUUACAUAUUGUAAAAAGGACGGCACAAUCUAAGUAAUGGGCCAAAACCUGCAGGGAAUAGAUAACGAGUUUCCCCUCCCAUUUUUCUCCUGCACUUCAUCUCUUAUCCAUCCAUUUCUGACCUGGUACAUUGGCAUGCCGUGUCCUAGCAGAGCUCAGCAUCAUUGAUGGACACCCAUCCCGCUUUUGUUCUGAAACCAUCUUUCAUUAUUCUGACACACCCACUGUUUGAGAAUCAACACACGGUCUUCUAUGACCUGAAAGUUACUUUACGUUUGGAUUUGUUCCAUUGUCAAUCUUUAUAAUAGGGUUUGAGAGGAAAUUCUGAUUAUGCAAAGUUUGCUGUAAUGUAGAGCAUUUCUUAAGGCUGUUUCAAAGGUCUACCAUCAGCUCUUCAUUCUCUUUUCCAGAAAAAUAUUUUCCCACAAACAUGACGAAAUGUCAGAAACCUGAUAAGACAAAGAAAGAAAAGCAUUAUUCCUGAAACGAGUGUAAAUGUAUAUGUGUAUAUAGAUCUCAGCAAUAAUGAGAAGUCGCAUGAGACAUUUGCUUUACCUUUUCCGAACAGUCGAACCCUGGACAGGUUGGAAAGGAUCAGGGACUCCAUCGGUUCAUUACCUGCUGUAGCUACCAGCAAUAUUAACAAUGCUGAUUAUUCUCUCUGUUCACCAGGAUCUCUCCAUGUCUCUCUUUCUCUUAUUUUUUUUCUUUUGUGGAAGUGCCCAGCCUGGCUGAACAAUAACAUGAAGUGCCAAAAAAAUAAAGAGUUAUUUCCAUGACAAAAGCCUUCAGCAUAUGGUAGGCAACUCACAGCCCUCCAUAUGGUCCUUGAGAGAUUUCAAAUUGUCUCUCAUUUUCUCCCUUGCCUUCUCUCUUUAGCUUAUUUCUUCCUCUCUGUGUAAAGACGUAUAGAUUUUUCCACUUCUGAUACUACAUUUGGCCUGUUAUGAGAGGUAAAGCCAAUAGUGAUGUUUAUGAACAAUAAAAUCAAUAGCACAAGCAGUCUGAUGUGUCUGUUCCAUUUUAUCGACUUUCUACCUCAUUCAUCCAUUUUUUAAAGAGAGCAACAAUUCAAACAGACCCACAAACACUGAUCAUGGUUAUAUAAUGUAAAAACUUGCCCACAGCGUUGAGAUCAACCCGUUCUCACUCCCGACUCGUCACGGUCUGCGCCCAUCGGCGUCACGUUUGAACGCGCAGGGCGUCGUUUUUCGGGGAACAGGGAACUGCGUUUCUGUUUGCUAAAUGCUCCAGACCGAGAUGCGUGCAAUUCUUAGCAUUUCAUAAUUUUUUAUGGUUUGAAUAUUUUGUAGCAACUAACCCCAACCUCACCCUAAACCUAACCCUAUCCACUUCUCAGCCAUUUAAAACACAACACGCGAAUAAAAGUACAGUCACGUGUAUUUAUUGCACAAACUGACCAAAAGCAUUACAAAAUAUAACAAAAAACAACUCGUUUUGAAGACCUUUUUGCACCAAAGCCGUACGAUAACUUUACCUGAAGAUGCCGUGCGUGUUCGUGAAUACAUGAAGUCGGCUCCCAUUGAAAAGAUAAACCGGAACAGCUAGAUGCAGUCGGUCGCGGGAGCCAAUACCGUUUCACGUUCAAAGCCAACGAAAUGACGCGAGCGGUCACGAGACACGGGAGAGCCAAUGGCAUCGAAGCUAUCGUAACUUCCUCUGGCGGCAAUAUUUGAACGUCGUUCUUCACUGGAUUUGAGAUUUACUUUGGACGGUUAUCGCUUUCGGAAAUCGAUGGUUUCGCGUUGGUAUCCUUGGAAUAUCUGUAUUUUUGAACGACAUGCUUGUAUUAUUUGUUUUAUAUUACGAUAAAUAAACGGUUACAUUACUUUCUCAAACUGUCUGAUUAGCGUCAUGUAAACGCAAUUAUCCUGGCCAUUAAACUUAAAUUAAUCCCCGAAACAUCAUCAUUGCAAACUAUGUCUAAUAUACAUUUUAAUAAUGACGGUAAAAUUCGCGUGCCCCUCACGUCGAAAAACGACGCCAAAGGGGUACCCUGCGCGUUCAAAAGUGACUCCGAAGGGCGCUGACCGAGCGAGUCGGGAGUGAGGAUGUGUUGUUGAGAUACGAAGCCUGUAGUGUACGUAGAUGAAGGGCAUAAACACAGAGACACCGCGUGUGCCCUGCUCUCACAACACUCAUCUCAGCAAUAAUGAAAGAACUUGAUGCUGAACUGGGAUCAGCCUUCCCUUUAUGCACCAAGCCUAUAAGUAUCCUGAGAAAAAGUUCAAAACUGUUGUCAAGUCAGCAGCUAAAGUCAAUCUGAAAGCUGGCACUGCAUCUGUUCUGGUGCUGUUAAGCCAGUCUAACUCAUUAAAUGUUAAUGAAACAUUGAUUUUAUGUUACUCUCUGGCCCUACAAAGAUGCAGCACUCAGAGCUGAAUAGCACCGAGAAAGAAAGAAAGAUAGAAAGACAGAGAGAGACGUCAGGAGAGAGCAGUUGUCCAGGAAAUUGGAAACAGGAGUCAGAUUCAAACAUUGUGUCCUUCGCUGCCAUGCAGCGCUAGCAGAGAAGGGACUGUUUUAGUUUGCCUGUGUUGCCUGCGAUUUAACAGAUGGCUGUGAAUUCACUGUUAUAUCACAUUAACAGUUCCCUCAAGUGAUGCAGUUAAAAAUGUAAAAAUGAGAGAAGGCUGGCUCUCUUCUGCCCCCUUAAGGGCAUUUAAACGGUUCUUGGUUAAAUACAUUAACUUCCAGGUAGAGACAUCUGUUUUUCAACUAUUAGCCUACAUUUAAGAUUAAUAAAAGUUUUUAAUGUAAUAACAUGUCUUUAAAAAGUGAACAUAAUAAGUUUUGCUUAAGCAUCAGUCAGACGGUUCAUUAAACAGACAGUCAGAGCGGAGCGGAGAGACAAAGUGAGCCGAGAAACAGAUCAAUGCUGUUUAUGGGUCAUGUUUUCAGACCGGAGAUGCAUCUAAAAGCAUUAAAAAAUGUAUGAACUGUUCAUGCAGAACAGCUGGGGUUGAGUAGUCCAUUAAGUCUGCAUUAGUUUGUACUUUAAAAUGAAUUAAAAAAAUGCAGUAUUAUUAACAGUAUUAAUAUUAUUAACACAUGCCACAUGUAAAUAUGAUACACUGUAAUGCACAUAUUUUCCUUCUUUUUCAUUAUGACCAAUUAUUGUAUUGUGGCAGGUUUACUGCAAAAUGAUGGUGAAUAAAGUGUAAUUACGACACAAGGGUAAAUUAAUGAUGAGAGAAUAUUUUUGAGUGAACUGUCCCUUUAAGUUGAUUCAAAGCUACCACAAUAUCCUCCAGUUGUAUAUAUUCAUGUCCCAUGUAUAUAACUAUUUAACUUCAAUAUAAAUGAAGUCUAAGUUUAAUUAGUUUUAUUUAAACUUCGCCGUAAUUUUCGAAAUUCGCCUUUUGAAAAAAAAUAGGUUCAUUUAUGUGAAUCGUGUAAACCUGAAGAUUUUUUUUUUCGUGGGGGGGUCUCAGUGUAACUAAAGUCAGUGUGGUGAUGCUACGUCCCUUUGUGGAACCAUUAGAAUUCAUAAGAAUUAAUUAUUAAACACCACCAUCUACAAUAUUGAACAUGCAACCCUAAACCACUCAACUCUCAGUAAAGAACCCUGAUAACACACAUCCUAAGAGUUUCAUCUUUUACUGCCACAUGUUCUCAUGAAUCGUAUAAUACAAGAGACAAAGGAAGAUGGAAAGAGAAUCACAAUGUUGACGGAACCCUGUAGAAUUAACACAUAAUACAGUAUGUGUGGUGUGGAAAUGGUUUGUGCGUGCUGUGGGCAUGUGUUUAAAAUAUUCCUGUCUCAAGGCUAUACAAGUUCAAGUUACUGAUUAAAUAUAAAGAGAUAAAGAGACAAGAGCUGCCUCUCAGUCACUUUCAGAUAUGUUUCCCUGUACUUGCAACAGCAAUAUCAUGGGUUCAGAUACCAGAGAAUGAAUUUGCUGAUACAAUGUAAAACAAGUAGGAGUGAUUACCAUCCAAUCAUGUGUACUUGUUUAAAAGAAACUGGUAUGGUUAUAUGGCUACACCUCUAUGAAACAAAAAUAUUUGGGAAUAUACUGGAAACAUAAUGCAAUGUAAUAAAUACUGUAAUACAUUUCUAUAUAUUGGAACCAAGUGCUUAUUUUUUUCAAUAUAUGAAAAGUGUCAUAUAAAAUGUAAAAUAUUAACAAUGUAACCUAAUAUUAUAU